GGUUGAAUAUUUGAAACGCUACACAACAGCCCCGCCUGAGUGCCGCAGCAGCUACAGGCUUCACUAGGCUUCUAGAAGGAAUUACUGUGAGUUGCCUGUGAGACUUUUGAAAAACGGACACUGCACUAUGGUCCGCGAGUCAAACUGAGAGACACAGACGCAAGCAGUUAAAGACCCUUGGAACAACCGAGCUUCCUGCCAAACAAAGACGGGGACAACAGCGAACACAUCGACAGAAGAUAGAGAGAGAUGUUCAGAACACUCACUCGUCUGAUUUUCGGGGGAGAGGAGGAGAACCCCGAAGAAGUCAAAUCUGGAGAAGUGGUGGAAGAAGGGUGGCUUGUUGUCAAUCAUCACGAGACAAGUUCAGCACCUGAGAACCAGGACGCAGAGCUGACAGACAGCCAACCACCAAACUCCUCUCCUCAUGUAGACACGGUCACCACCAUGGAAACUGAUAUAAGUGUGCCGGAUGCAGAGCCUGCAAUUCAAACCACCAGCAGCAGCAGUCCAACCAUCUCUGGCUCUUUUUCUCACCCCAAAGCUCUGGCAGAGGUGACACAGUCGACCUGCAUCCAGAAGGCCAAGGUGUGGGCAGACCGCCACCACGUGUCCCGUAACGCCAUCCAGCGCCAGAACCGCGUUCGCCAAGCAGUCCAGCACCACUCCUUCCACCUCCAACAGCCAGGACAUCGCAACCUCAGCCACUGAAGCUCUGGUUGUAGACCAGGAAGUAAUCUUUCAGUGUACAUCAUACACAUUAAGAACAUACUACAACACACACAUGGACAGACCUCAAUCUACAUCUAAUCCUGAUGUAACCCACGAUGACACUUGACAACUGCAGCUACAUUAUUACCUGUACUGUAUAUGGAUUUGAAAGAUGUUUACCUCAUGAAAUGAGACACUAUGUUUUCUUGUCUGUGUGCAUUUGAUGAUUUUUUUUUAAAUACAUGUGAAUGAGGAAAAAGUGCAGCUAAUUCAAAAUGUAUCUUUGAACACCAGUGUUGAGAUUUUUGCAUUAACAUGCAUUUAACCGUAUGUACUUAAGUUUUAAAACCUCGUUAUGGAGCAAUAAAAAGUUUGACUUUA